AGUUGAUUUUUAAAUAUCUGGUCGGCAAACCACACGACUUCAUAUGUUAUGUAUGUAGAACCAAAAAAAUGGAGUUUUUUUAGUUUAAGGUGGUCCUCAGUAAGUAAUUGCUCAAGUAUGGUUGCAUUCUGGUCUUCAAAAUAACAUUUCAGUGAGUUUAUUUACCUAUGGUUGUGCAUCAAGUAUAUUGCCUUAUUUCACAUCAAAACAAGGUUUUUGUUAUUUAUUUUACUAUUUCAAACACGGAGAUUAUACACUUUAUGUUUAUGGAUGUAUGAUUAUAAGGUCAAGAUGAAUAAAGCUACAUUGUGUUUAAUAUUCUUGGUGUUUUUUCUCGUUUCGACAAACCGUGGGACUAAAGCAUCAAAGAAAACGGUUGUGACUCAUCGAGUUGUCUAUCCCAAGUAUCACUACCGACCUCACUAUAAGUAUAAAUACCGCAAGAAAUACAAGUACCGAAAGUGGCCGAAAAUACGUGGCCGAUGCAAGGUUAUACCAAACUGGAAAAUAAACGGAACUAAUCCGGUGUUGGAAGAAAGUGCGAAAGGGAAUACUGUUAUUCUGUUUUUGAUGAAAAGAACAUGUACAUUUUGUUUGUCGCAGUUGGAACGUCUAAACGAUUUGGCUGAACAUUAUAGCUCCACAAGACGAAAAAUUUCCAUUAUUGCUCUCAAUCACAAAAGGCAACCUCUUCCACAAUCAGUAUACAACGCCUAUCCUAUGGUGAAAAUAUAUGAGGAACCACCCGAUCAGGAUAUAUUUAAACAACUCCGCGCAAAGUGGAGACAAAUAAUGAUCUACGAUAUAUGUGGCCGACAGCAGUACCACUAUGACUGGCCAUACAGUUGGCUAGGCUAUCCAUUUGUGAGAUUCGCCAUUUUGAACACUAUACGACACCAUUUACAACUUUGUGGACGGUGCAAACCACGUGACAUUGCAACAACAACUAAAUCGACAAUAUCAACAACAAAGAAGUUGGACGAUUAACUCGUAAAUAAAGACUUGCUUCCAUUUGACUGUAUUUUCUGCUAUGAACGCAAAAAAGUUCUUAAGUUCUAAGUAAACUAAGGAAUGGCUACAAAUUUCAAAUUUCGCUACCACAAGAGCUUCCAUUGUUUGCUUCUAUACAUUUAUGACUCGCGCAUUCUUCUGACUUCGGACUUCAGUUCUUAGAUUAUAUUUUUAAAUCCAUUCUUUACGUGUGCGCAAAAGUCGUAGCUCGCAGCUUGCUACUGAGUAUUAACCACAUGACCCUUUUGGCCAUUUUUUAAAAAAAGGAGAAAAAAACUGCCUUUGUUUCAUUAAUUUUGUCUACAAUUGCAGUUAUGUCAUGCGUUGGGCUUUUCCUUGUAUUGUAAAUUUCGAAUCAAAACAGGGAUACAUUCAACGAUUACGAUAAAUGCGAUGUGCGGUGCGAACGGUAAAUAUUAUAUCGAACAAAAAAAGGUUCUGGAACUAGUAACUGUGAUAUUUUUUUUCAUCUUUAAAGAAUAUUAUUAAUGUAAGCAUUUUAGUCAAUCUCGCUGAGAUUUAAAAGAUUCUCUGCU